AUGAGGACAAAGAACGCAAAAUAUGAGGCAGAAGCAGAGGGAAACAAACGAUUAGAACCUGGCAAAACACAGAGGCAAGGAAAUCCGAAUGAGAAAGAAGAAGAACAUGAUGAAGGAAGAAACGCCGGAUUCGCCGACGCAAACCUUACCGGUAGCAUCGGCCCAGGCUCCCCUGACACCAGUAGCAUCGUCUCCUACACCGGGGGCAUCGCCUUCGACAUCGGGAGCAUCGCCUUCGGUAGCAUCGCCUCCAACACCGGGAGCAUCGCCUCCGGUAGCAUCACCCCCGGCACCUGGAGUAUCGCCUCCGACACCGGGAGUAUCGCCUCCGGUAGCAUCACCGCCGGCACCGGGAGCAUCGCCUCCGACACCGGGAGCAUCACCUCCGGUAGCAUCGCCUCCGACACCGGGAGCAUCGCCUCCUGUAGCAUCGCCUCCGACACCAGGAGCUUCACCUCCGACACCGGGAGCAUCACCUCCGGUAGCAUCGCCUCCGACACCGGGAGCAUCGCCUCCGGUAGCAUCACCCCCGACACCGGGAGCAUCGCCUCCGACACCGGGAGCAUCACCUCCGGUAGCAUCGCCCCCGACACUGGGAGCAUCGCCUCCGGUAGCAUCGCCGCCAACACAGGUAGCAUCGCCUCCGACACCAGGAGCAUCGCCUCCGGUAGCAUCGCCCCCAACACCGGGAGCAUCGCCUCCGACACCAGGAGCUUCACCUCCGACGCCGGGAGCAUCGCCUCCGGUAGCAUCGCCCCCAACACCGGGAGCAUCGCCUCCGACACCAGGAGCAUCACCUCCGACGCCGGGAGCAUCGCCCCCAACACCGGGAGCUUCACCUCCGACACCGGGAGCAUCGCCCCCAACACCGGGAGCUUCACCUCCGACACCGGGAGCAUCGCCCCCAACACCGGGAGCUUCACCUCCGACACCGGGAGCAUCGCCUCCUGUAGCAUCGCCCCCAACACCGGGAGCUUCACCUCCGGUAGGAUCGCCUCCAACACCGGGAGCAUCGUCACCGACACAGCAUCGCCUCCGGUAGCAUCGCCCCCAACACAGGUAGCAUCGCCUCCGACACCAGGAGCAUCGCCUCCGGUAGCAUCGCCCCCAACACCGGGAGCAUCGCCUCCGACACCAGGAGCUUCACCUCCGACACCGGGAGCAUCGCCUCCUGGAGCAUCGCCCCCAACACCGGGAGCUUCACCUCCAGUAGCAUCGCCUCUGACACCGCGAGCAUCACCCCCGACACCGGGAGCAUCGCCUCCGACACCGGGAGCAUCGCCUCCUGUAGCAUCGCCCCCAACACCGGGAGCUUCACCUCCGGUAGCAUCGCCUCCGACACCGGGAGCAUCGCCUCCGGUAGCAUCGCCCCCAACACCGGGAGCAUCGCCUCCGACACCAGGAGCUUCACCUCCGACACCGGGAGCAUCGCCUCCUUUAGCAUCGCCCCCAACACCGGGAGCUUCACCUCCGGUAGCAUCGCCUCCGACACCGGGAGCAUCGCCCCCGACACAGGCAGCAUUUCCUCCGACACCGGGAACAUCGCCCCCGACACCGGGAGCAUCGCCUCCGACACCGGGAGCAUCACCUCCGGUAGCAUCGCCCCCGACACUGGGAGCAUCGCCCCCAACACAGGUAGCAUCUCCUCCGACACCAGGAGCAUCGCCUCCGAUAGCAUCGCCCCCAACACCGGGAGCAUCGCCUCCGACACCAGGAGCUUCACCUCCAACACCGGGAGCAUCGCCUCCUGUAGCAUCGCCCCCAACACCAGGAGCAUCGCCUCCGGUAGCAUCGCCCCCAACACCGGGAGUAUCGCCUCCGACACCAGGAGCUUCACCUCCGACACCGGGAGCAUCUCCUCCUGUAGCAUCGCCCCCAACACCGGGAGCUUCACCUCCGGUAGCAUCGCCUCCGACACGGGGAGCAUCGCCCCCAACACAGGUAGCAUCGCCUCCGACCCCAGGAGCAUCGCCUACGGUAGCAUCGCCCCCAACACCGGGAGCAUCGCCUCCGACACCAGGAGCUUCACCUCCGACACCGGGAGCAUCGCCUCCGACACCGGCAGCAUCGCCUCCGGUAGCAUCGCCCCCAACACCGGGAGCUUCACCUCCGACACCGGGAGCAUCGCCUCCGACACCGGGAGCAUCGCCUCCGGUAGCAUCACCCCCGACACCGGGAGCAUUGCCUCCGACACCAGGAGCAUCACCUCCGGUAGCAUCGCCCCCGGCACUGGGAGCAUCGCCUCCGGUAGCAUCGCCCCCAACACAGGUAGCAUCGCCUCCGACACCAGGAGCAUCGCCUCCGGUAGCAUCGCCCCCAACAACGGGAGCAUCGCCUCCGACACCAGGAGCUUCACCUCCGACACCGGGAGCAUCGCCUCCUGUAGCAUCGCCCCCAACACCGGGAGCUUCCCCUCCGGUAGCAUCGCCUCCGACACCGGGAGCAUCGCCUCCGGUAGCAUCACCCCCGACACCGGGAGCAUCGCCUCUGACACCAGGAGCAUCGCCUCCUGUAGCAUCGCCCCCAACACCGGGAGCUUCACCUCCGACACCGGGAGCAUCGCCACCGACACAGGUAGCAUCGCCUCCGACACCGGGAGCAUCGCCACCGACACAGGUAGCAUCGCCUCCGACACCGGGAGCAUCGCCUCCGGUAGAUUCACCUCCGACACCGGGAGCAUCGCCUCCUGUAGCAUCGCCCCCAACACCGGGAGCUUCACCUCCGGUAGCAUCGCCUCCGACACCGGGAGCAUCGCCACCGACACAGGUAGCAUCGCCUCCGGCACCGGGAGCAUCGCCUCCGAUACCGGGAGCAUCGCCCCCAACACCGGGAGCAUCGCCUCCGGUAGCAUCGCCUCCGAAACCGGGAGCGUCGCCUUCGGUAGGAUCGCCCCCGGUACCGGUAGCAUCGCCUCCGACACCGGGAGCAUCGCCUCCGUUAGCAUCGCCCCCGACACAGGUAGCAUCGCCACCAACACCGGGAGCAUCGCCACCGGUAGCAUUGCCUCCGAUACCGGGAGCAUCGCCUCCGGUAGCAUCGCCCCCAACACCGGUAGCAUCGCCUCCUGUAGCAUCGCCCCCAGUAGCGGGAGCAUCGCCUCCGCAUCGCCACCUCCACCUGUAA